CAAAACAUUUGAUUCAUGCUUCAAUCAGUCGUACAAGAAGACAAGAAGACCGGCUGACCUCGGGUUUUAGUAGUUUAUGUGCCAAAAAUGGCACCCGUAGACAAAAAUCCCUCUACUUCUGACAACGAUAUCGCGUCAACGCGACAACAGUCACCAGAUGAAGAUACUGGUGUUCCAAACCUAGCAUUCCAACCUGAUACAGCUCACUAUUCAAAUGACCAGCCACUUAGACGUAAUAAUAAUGUAAAACUGCAAAACGAUGAGGAAUCCGAUAGAAGAUCCAAGUACAACUGGAAGCAGUUUCUCCCUUGUGCACCAAGGAAUCCAAAUAAACCAAGGAUUGAUGAUUCAGGGUUCAUCUCUUUGAUGUUUAUGUCAUGGGCAUCUCCGACAGUAAUGAAAGGGUUCCGAAAACCCCUCCAGAUAGAAGAUCUUGACAAACUUUCUGAUUACGAGACUAUGAAAUAUAAUGGAAAGAGAAUAAAGAGAAUCUGGAACACAGAAGUGGAUACUGUUGGUCUAAAGCAUGCAUCGCUGGGCAAGGUUGUGUGGAGAGCAGUCAGGACAAGGUUGAUUUUUGGUGUUCUGAUGUUCUGUCUGUCUCAAGUGUUUACCUUUCUGGGACCUGCAUUGUUUAUUCGUUACAUCUUGGAAUACCUUGAAAAGAAAGAAACAUCAACUAUUGAGUACGGAGUAGCUCUGGUUGUUGGACUCUUGAUUACAGAAAUUUUGCGUACAACUCUACUUUCUGUGAGUUUUUUCGUGAACAUUCGCACAGGAACUCGCGCCAGAUCAAUGAUAUACUCUCUGCUUUACGAGAAGCUUUCUAAGCUACGGAAUGUUGGAGACAAGAGUAUAGGAGAGUUCGUCAAUCUGUGUGCAUCAGAUGCGCAACGCGUGUAUGAAGGAGUUUCAUUCAGUAACUUUCUUAUAGGUGGUCCUGUCGUCAUCUUGAUGGCUAUUGGCUACACAACAUAUCUGAUCGGCCCUGCAGCACUUGUUGGCUGUGGACUCUUUCUGCUUGUCUAUCCUCUUCAAGGCAAAAUUGCCAAACUGGCCGGAAAACUACGAGGAAAAGUUGUUAGGAUUACCGAUGGAAGGGUUCGCAUGAUGAGUGAAGUCCUUAACUGCAUCAAGCUCAUCAAGAUGUAUGCAUGGGAACCACCUUUUACUAAAACAAUCACAGACAAGAGAGCACAGGAGCGCAAAGCAUUAACCAAGUCUGGUGUUCUCCAGGGAAUCAACAUGUCCAUUGCUCUCAUCGUACCGACUAUUGCUACUGUGGCUACAUUUAGUGUACACGUGGCUAUAGGAGAGACUCUGACGUCGGCACAGGCAUUCACGAUCAUGUCCAUUUUUAACGUGCUUAUAUUCUCCCUCGCCGUGCUGCCGUUUGGAGUCAGGGCUUUGGCUGAAGCUAAGAUAGCAGUUGGUCGUCUAAAAAACUUGAUGGAAAUGGAAGAACUUCAGCCGUUCCUGGACAGACCAGACAACCCUAAUGUUGCCCUUCUGGUCGAAAACGCAGAUUUUUCCUGGGAUAAGGUUGAUUCCGAGCAAGACAAACUAGCAGCAGCAGCUGCUGCAAAAAAUGGCAAUGUGUCCAACGGGACAUCAGGUAAGGGAGAGAGAAAUAGCCCUCCUUCUGGUCCACCAAAGGGGCCCCCAGCUAACAAGGGCCCGCCAGGGCGAGGUCCCCCAGGCCGUGGCCGUCCAAUGAAAAUGAAAACCCAUUUGGUUCCUACUCUAUUCGAUAUCGAUCUCAAAGUCAAAAAGGGUACCUUGAUAGGCAUCUGUGGUAGCGUCGGUAGUGGGAAAAGCUCUCUUUUACAAUGCAUCCUUGCUCAAAUGCGCAAAACUCGUGGUCGAGUAGCGAUUGGAGGAUCCAUGGCAUAUGUUGCUCAGCAGGCCUGGAUYAUGAAUGCAACUGCACAAGAAAACAUUCUUCUUGGCAAACCAUUCGACGAAGCGCGGUACAAAGCGGUUUGCUUUGCUUGUUGUCUGACACAAGACUUCGAAAUUUUACCAAACGGCGACCAAACAGAGAUUGGUGAGCGUGGUAUUAACCUGAGCGGAGGACAAAAACAGCGAAUAAGUUUAGCAAGAGCAUUGUACGCUGAUAAGGACUUGUACCUCCUUGACGAUCCACUUAGUGCAGUGGAUGCUCAUGUGGGACAGCACAUCUUUAAACAUUUGAUCAAAGGUGCUUUGUGGGGCAAGACAGUUCUUUUUGCUACUCACCAGUUACAAUUUCUCAGUCAAUGCGACGAAGUGCUCUAUUUAAAAGAAGGACGAAUUGCUGAACAAGGAGAAUACAACCAUCUUAUCAGAGAUAACAAGGAAUUUGCAACACUGAUUCGUCAGUUUCUCCAAGAAGUCGAAGAGGAACUUGUCGAAGCUUCCAAAGCUGAUGACAAGGAUUUGUCAUCGUUUUUAGAACGUGCAAGAUCCAAUAGCACUUGGUCAACAGCGUCUGCAGAAGACGUGCAAAAGAUAUUCCAGAGACAACUGAGCAUUCGAAGUGUAGAGGAGAAAGACAGCGGGCUAGAAAGCUCUAAUCAGCUAACAAGGAAAAGUAGUUUACGUUCGAGUGUUAGGGAUACUCUGGAGCCGUUUAAACCACAUGAAGCAAGCUCGUCAGAUAAACAACAAGAGCGAGCAGCAAAUCAACCUAAAGAGGACAACGAUGUUCUGAAGUCUAGAGAAGAAGCCGGUAAACUAACUCAAGCAGAAGACCGCGAACAAGGAUCUGUAAAGUYAUCUACGUACACCAGUUACUUCAAAGCUGCAGGAGGUUACAUACCGUGUAUUCUUAUGCUUCUAUUCCUGAUCUCAGUUCUUGGUCUACAGACGUUUAUCGAUUCAUGGCUCAGUAUCUGGCUUAAUUCGGCCGCCACCCAAAAUUUGACGACUGCAGAAAAUCCCAGCAUCGUUCCGAUUAAUCCUGACAAUAAUUACUACAUCAUGGUGUACUGCGUUGCGUCUGCAGCAUUUUUGCUAUCUCUGUUUCUCAAGGCCUACUUAUUCGUCAAACUAACCCUCAGAGGAUCCUCUAAACUUCACGAUCGCGUCUUUGCGAAAGUAAUACGUGCAACGAUGAGUUUCUUCGACGUGACUCCAACGGGACGUAUUCUUAACCGAUUUUCCAAGGAUUUAGACGAAGUAGAUGCCCAACUUCCUUGGACGAUGGAGAGUUUUCUCCAGAAUAUCUCCAGAAUUUUCAUUUCUCUUGGCAUCGUCGCGGUCGUGUUUCCUUGGUUUCUCAUCGCCGUGGUUCCUCUUUUUAUCAUCUUUUUCAUUCUUAAUAAAUAUUUUCGUCGUUCUGUACGCGAGUUGAAGCGUCUAGACGGUGUUACGAGGUCGCCCAUAUUCACUCACCUACAAGCAACUAUACAAGGGUUGUCAACCUUGCACGCCUUCGACAAGAUGGCGCAGUUCAAUGAACAGUUCAGUACCUUGGUGGAUUCCAACACGCUUCCUUUUUUCAUGUAUUUUGUGUCUAACAGAUGGUUAGCAGUUCGCCUGGAUAUGAUUACUAUUACAAUCACAAUCGUUAGUGCACUGCUGGUUGUACUGACUAAAGGAACUCUUCCUCCUUCUUUUGCUGGACUUGCGCUCUCCUAUGCUCUUAGGAUAACAGGUUUAUUCCAGUUUACCGUGCGCAUGGCGGCAGAGACUGAAUCAAGAUUUACAAGCGUAGAGAGAAUGAAUUACUACAUCGAUUCCAUACCUAUCGAGGCUCCGGCAAAGAUCGAGAAGACCAAACCCCCCAAAGAAUGGCCUGACAGGGGGGUCAUUAUCUUCAACCAAGUCAAGAUGCGUUACCGCUCAGGACUUCCGUUAGUCCUUGAUAAUGUGACUGGUUACAUUGGAAGCCAUGAAAAGAUCGGUAUCGUUGGCAGAACAGGCUCAGGAAAGUCUUCCUUGGGUGUCGUUCUAUGGCGUUUAGUUGAACUUGCGGCUGGGACUCUUAAGAUUGAUGACAUUGAUAUCUCCACCAUAGGUCUUUUCGAUUUACGAUCAAGAAUCUCAAUCAUUCCUCAGGAUCCAGUUCUCUUCAUAGGAUCCAUCAGAUAUAAUUUGGAUCCUUUCAACAAUCAUAGCGAUGAGGAACUUUGGACUGCGCUGGAGAGAGCUCACUUAAAAGAAAUGGUGAGCAACCUUCCAAACCAACUCAUGGCACCUGUAGUAGAGAAUGGAGAAAAUUUUUCCGUUGGUGAACGCCAACUUAUUUGCAUGGCUCGUGCUCUUCUGCGACACAGUAAGAUCCUGAUGCUCGAUGAAGCUACAGCUGCUAUUGAUUCUGAGACGGAUUCUAAAAUCCAAGACACUAUUCGUGAAUCAUUCAGUGAUUGCACACUGCUGAUCAUAGCCCACAGGCUUAACACAGUUUUGAACUGCGACAGGAUCAUAGUUAUGGAAGAAGGAAAGAUCGUAGAGUUCGACUCCCCCGCGGUUUUAGCCGCCGAUCCAGAAUCUUAUUUCAGUAAACUACUACAAGCUGCUGAUUUACAAAAAGAACAGGAAGCCCAAAAAGCGCUGGCAAGAAAACAAGAAGCCGCCGCCAACCUUCAUCUAGAUAGUCUAUCACAACACCCACACUCCACGCCACAUCAUCCUAUCCCAUCUGUUCUCGUCUCUUCGCCCACUGUUGGCGAAAUCAAUCCGACCAUUAGCGAAAAUAGCUCGAUAGUCGACGACGAAGACGUUGAAUUGGACACGAAGUUCUAAAUCGAGUCCAAGAAACCGGUAUUUUCACGAUAAAAAUGAUUUCCAUCGUUAGAGUUUCGUAAAACUGACUGCUCGUUUUUGAAGAUAAUUGAAGGGCAUUUAAUGCUCUGCUUAUACUUCUCGAAUCGCUUAAGGAAGGUGUGGAUGGGGUUUAACAAUUGGCCUAAAAAUUACUAAAAUAACCUAAAAUAAAUAGAGGAUAUUACAUGGGCGCGCGGAGAUAACAAAUUUUUCUUCGUGUUGAAAAGAUCUCUCACGAGUGAGCGCAGCAAACGAGAGAGAUUUUCAA